AAGAGCGAGAGAGACCGAAAGAGCUUAUCUCACCACAUCCAAAGGUCUCAUUAUAAACCAGAGUUUCAUCACUCAGGAAAUAGUAUCAUCUGUCCCUUACACAAACAAGGAAGUAUGACCAAAAGGCUGUGUGGAAAUUCUUCUCGCAAAUCAUUUUCACCUUCAAGAACUUUUCAUUCUGUUGGAUUUCCAGUUACAACUAAGGAGUGCCUCAAUUGUUAAUAUUUUAACUAAGAAUGAAUACUUGGCUUCUGGAUUUUUUAGAAAAGUGGUAACUCAGAGACUACAGCCAAUGCUACUUUGUGCUAACAAGGAGAGAAAGGAUUUCCUGCUCACACCAGGAUAAGAGCUCUCUUCUUUUCUUGUUCAAAGAAGCCCUGACUUAGGAAACCAUGGUGAAAAGAGUCGCAAUCAUUGGAGCUGGCGUGAGUGGCCUGACCUCCAUCAAAUGCUGUUUGGAAGAGGGACUGGAGCCCACCUGUUUUGAGAGAAGUGACGACAUUGGGGGUCUGUGGAAAUUUACUGAAACCUCUGGACAUGGAAAGGCCCAAGUCUACAAAUCACUGGUAACCAAUGUGAACAAGGAGAUGAGCUGUUUCAGUGACUUUCCCUUCCAUGAAGAUUAUCCCAACUACAUGAACCAAGCCAAGUUCUUGGAAUAUCUUCACUCCUAUGCUAAGAACUUUGAUCUUCUGAAAUACAUUCACUUAAAGACAACUGUGUGCAGUGUGACAAAGCAUCCAGACUUCUCUGCCACUGGCCAGUGGGAAGUGGUGACAAAGACAGAGGAGAAGGAAGAUACAGCUACCUUUGAUGCAGUCAUGAUCUGCACAGGGCGCUACCUGAAUCCUCACUUACCUCUAGAAUCUUUUCCUGGAAUCAAUACAUUUCAAGGCCAGAUCCUGCACAGUCAAGAAUACAGGAGCCCAGAAAGCUUUCGGGGCAAAAGGGUCCUCAUCAUAGGUCUUGGGAAUACUGGUGCUGAUCUUGCAGUGGAACUUCGUCAUGUGGCAUCACAGGUGUUUCUCAGUACCCGAAGUGGUACCUGGGUCCUUAGCCGUCUCUCUAAAGAUGGCUACCCCACUCUUAUGAUCUUCGCAACAAGAUUUCAUCAGAUGGUUUCAUGCAUGCUGCCUUCAUCCAUGAAAGACUGGAUGAUAAUAAAACAAAUCUCAAAAUGGUUUAACCACAAGAAUUAUGGAUUGGGUAUUCCUAAGGGGCAAAGACCAAGGAUGAUUAUAAAUGAUGAACUGCCAAGCUGUAUCCUUUGUGGUACUAUCACUAUUAAGGCCAAUGUGGAGGAGUUUACAGAAACCUCUGCCAUCUUUGAAGAUGGGUCGGUGGAAGAGAACAUUGAUGCAGUGAUUUUUGCUACAGGAUUCACAUUCUCUUUUCCCUUCCUUGAAGAACCUACGAGAAGCCUGUGCAAAAAUAAGAUCUACCUGUAUAAACAUGUGUUUCCUUCAAACCUGGAAAAGCCAACAAUGGCUGUCAUGGGGCAUAUCAGCAUUAAAGGAGCCCUCUUGCCAGGUGUAGAACUCCAGGGACGAUGGGCCACAAGAGUCUUUAAGGGGUUAUGCAAGAUACCUCCAACAAGUCAACUGAUGAAAGAAGCUACCAAGAAGGAGAAACUUGUUAAAAGGGGCAUCCUUAUGGAUCCCACCAACGAGAUACUGGACUACAUCACCUCCUUGGAUGAGCUUGCCACAUACAUUGGAGCAAAGCCCAGCAUUUUAUCCCUAUUCCUUAAGGAUCCCAAGCUGGGAAAGGAAGUUUUCUUUGGUCCCUGCACCUCUUACCAAUACCGGCUGACAGGACCUGGGAAAUGGGAUGGAGCCAGAAAUGCCAUCUUAACUCAAUGGGACCGGACCCUCAAGCCCUUACAAACUCGAAUUGUUGAAGAUCUUUCUGAGCCUAGUGCUGUGGCUCGUUGGCUAAAGAUCUGGGGUGGGGCAUCGGUGCUGGUUUUUGCUGUUCUACUGGCUUAUAAAUCUUCAUUUCCUGCAAGAUUGGCUGGAGUUGGUGAACUGGGAAAUAGACUUUCCACUUACCUAGCCAGUAAUUGGCAAGCAUGAACAACACUUAUGCAACAAGAACUCCCUUCCACCUCCUCUCCCAUUCCACUUUCCACAACCUUCAUCACCGGGCAAGAAGCAUAUAGAACAGUUCUAGAGCAAAGAGUCCUAAGAUUAGAUAGCACAAUUACAUAUCCUUUUGCUCACUUUUUUUUCCUCCCUGUCUUUGCUGACUGAGCUCUGCUUCCUUGAUUAGAUAGCUUGUUAAUACCUAUAAUCAUUUACUCCUGGGCUUUACCCUCUUCUCUAGAUUUGUCUGCCCCCUCCACUUGAGCCAAGACUCUCCCUACUGACCUCUUCCAAUUCUCUUAUCCCAGUAUACCUAGAACUCAGAACGGGACAGAACUGAAUAGUCAAUGGUAUUGUCCCCUUGGCCUAUUCUCUGGCAGUAUGCAUAGUACUAUUUUUCCACCUCCCUUUUUCUACAUAUACUUGAGGGUUCACUUUAUAUAUAAUCUGUACCUUCUUGACAUGACUGAUUACCUAACAAUGCCUUAGGCUAUCACAGUAGGCUACACAAAUGUAUUUGCCUGAUUUUAUCUUACCCAUUCUGCCUAACCCCAGAUUCACCAAACUUUCUGAUUGCUAUUGAUAGAAUUAUCUUUCCAGACAUUCAAGUUGUAAUAGCCUCCUAAUUGGUCUCCCUCCUUUCAGUUUCUCCUGCCUCCCUUCCAUCUUCCACAAAACUGAUUCCCUGUUCAAUCCAAACUACUAAGCCUAGGAUUUAAGGCCUUCCAAAAGCUCAUUCUACCCUAUUUUUCCAGCCCUAUUUCAUAUCCAAUGAUAUAAUAUAUCCAAAGCACUUUGAAAACCUUAAAUUCCUUUUUUUAUAUUUUAAUAAAUGUAUUUCAGCAUAAUUGCUUAACUUCUAAUCCUAUAUAUUUUGUUUAAUGCAUGUAAAAAAUAUGAUUCUAGGAGUCUAUAGGAUUCAGCAGACUGCAAUGGAGUCCAUCAGAGAAAGGGGGGAGGGGGCCGGGGUUGAGAAUCCCUGCUUUAGGUACUCCAUAUUCCACUCAAAUUGGACUACUAGCUAUUUCCCAAACUUGACACUCCAUUUCACACUUUUAUGAAUUUGCAUAAACCAUCUAUCACACCUAAAAAUAAAUUCUUCUUCAUCUUA